AUGGACCGCUGGCCAACUGAUGACAGAGACACGGUGCAGACGUCCUCGGAUAUCCAGGGAAGGAAGUCGCGCAAUCCCCUGCCCAAUUGGACGCACCCUGUGGUCAAACAUGGGUCCUUGAGUGCGGCAACACUUCGUAAAACUCAGCAGCGACUCGAGUGGUCGUUCAUAGUCCAAGAUAAUCCGAAGCGCAAGGUUGUACCAUCGCACAAUCCGGUGCAGGUGUUCCCUGAGACGCUCCGGCGACCGUUUCGCCAUGACAUGUCUGUGUUGCAGCGCGCGGAUCAAGGGGUACAAUUUCUCCGCACGUACUACCCAGACUUCGAGAUGUCGGCCGAGCUCGUACGGGAUGAAAUCACAGCGGAUGAACGCGUCGCCCAAGGCCUGCAAAUAUUCAGUCCAUACGUCGGGAGUAUGCUAGAAACCUUUACUUGUGCCAGGAAAGCCGGCAGAAGUCUUACGUGUUUGGCCUUCCCAAUGGGAGACUCGUAUCUCGACCUGAGCAAUCUCAACAUCAACGCGUUCGUCGAGCUUGACGCAGUCGCAAACCCAACACGCAGCUUCCAGACGCCGAUUCAGCAGCUGAAAGCGUCUGUUCUACAGUCCAAUGAGGAUGAGGAUCAUGUUCUCGCCACGCUGCUUGGAGUCAGGACCAUGGGUUCAACAUCGCUACUGGAUGUACGCCCUACGGAUGCCCAGUCGUCGGCUAUAGAAGUGACGGAGCUUGUCACUGUCACUCGUUCUGACGUUGGCGAACGCACGAUUGUAGACAUGUUCCUACCAGCUACUGAGCGCACAUUGUCCGUUUUCGUCAACGAAGCUGGUGCUGUCUACAGGUGCGCUGCACCCGGUGGUGAGAAUCCAGUAGACGAAGCCAGUAUCUCUGACAACCAAUCUACUUGGAAAGUGGCAGCCUGGGAUGGCGAGGAUAGCUGCUUGCUCAUGUCCGAACGCAGUGCAUUCUGUGUCGACUUCAGAGCGCAGAAUAGCGCACUAGAUCUGUACCAGUCCAAGCAGUCUAGCACGCUCCUCACUAGCAUCGACAGUCAUGCGAAGGACGGCUUGAUCCGCCUCACGACGACCGACGAACUUCUCUGGAUUGACAUCCGCUCUCCAAACAAGCCCCUUCUCGGCGUCAAGCACUUUCGGGACUUCGAUCGGACUCUACGAAGUCACACUAAGGUCCUAGGGAGAGCACCUGUAACAUUUCUGACUUCGCAAAGAACCGGUUUGGUAUCUGUGUAUGAUGUGUCAUACUCCGGAGUCGCCAUACAGAUGGCCUCACCUGCGUACUGCCUACCGAAUUUGCGCGUCCCGGACGACCGAAACUUGGGGCACGUCUUCCUACAACAUCCACACAGCACUACCCCUGGAGAAUUGAGUGUCUUGCAGCUGUCGGAACUGGGAGCGGUGCAUAUGAUGCAUCUCAAGCUGUCCGAUGAUGCGCAAGAGCCUCUGGAGGCUGUCCCUUCGCAACGGAGCUGGUCCGAGGCGAUUGAGGAUUUGGAAGAGCGUGUCAAGGCUGCUAGUUUGGAUGUCGGACCACUGGGUGCGCGGACCUUCAGUGAGGCGGACCUUCAGCCAGCGUACCAAAGAUUGUUCAUGGAACCUCCCGCGGCUAAGGUUCGUCGCGACGCCGUAUACGAUCUGCUGGAGAGGAUGCCGGUGUUCUGGCAGGACGUGGAUGCGCCCAUCGAGCAUACACUCACAACCUUCGAUAUCGCAUAUCGCAGCGGUCCCGAACCUUCCAAUUCUUCGAGGAACGACCUCUUUACCGAGAGUGUCCUUAACUCGAAGCGUGGCUAUCGUGCGCUGAAGCAAGGGCGCAUUCCUAUCGGUCAACUUGCAAGAAGAGCACCGUGGCAUCACAAUAUCACGCCAUUCGUCCAGCGACAAGUCUCCGACUUCCAAGAGGACCCCGCCCAGACGCUUGAAAGGCUCUCUCGCUACGAUCUAGCUGCGGACGGUCGUCGACCAGCGGAGUCUCUGCGCAGAGAAACCGAAGCGCGCGAACAGCUCGCACUCGAUCUCCAUCUGUCCUCCAACAUCUUCUCUCCUUCGCGCUUCCGAAAGCCGAACGAGCUUGACAUCGAUGCCGCGAUGGAGACGAUGUCGCGUGCCACGGAGGCUAUGACUCUCAGCGAGAUGGAACCUUCAGAUGUACAAUUUGGCUUCUUGCGCCCUGCGCAGAGAGAAUCGGCCGAACACUAUGCCACGGAUGCGAAUAAUGAUGAAACCGUGAACAAACAUCUGGCGCCACUUGGGGGUCGCCUGCUGCUCAAGGAAUGGGACAUCGGCGUCGAUCCUUCCACAUAUCGCUACGAGGACCCGUAUGACCCGUCUUCUCCCCGCAGCACAGCCCCUCGUUAUGCUAGGAACGCACCACCACAUCCGGCGUCGCAGGACAGGGAGCAAGCCACGCAAUCGCAGCGACCGCCGCUCGUGGUACAGAAGUCGGCUCUGGCGCCACCUGCAAUCGCCAGCAGUCAAACGUUCGCUGCGAGAGCGCUCUUCCCUGCUACUCAGGUACAAGACGCACGGCCUAACGAUCAACGGCGCGUAGCGCAGGUUGGCAGUCAGCCAGCGGAUGAUUGGGAUGCGCAACCUUCCUCUCAGAUACCGUUUGCGAGCACACAGGUUCUCCCUGGCCCUCAUGGUGGUAGACCAGGUCCGCCUAAGAAGAAACCAGCCAAGAAGAGGGUCGGAGGAUUCUAGUGCGAAAAUUUACGCCACGAGCACAAGAGCACAGGUGCCUGAGAACACGUCUCGCCGGACAUCAUACAUAUGUGUGCCCAAUCGGCCAGUCCGUUGCCCC